GGCAUCACGAGAUCCCAUCCAUCCCGCACAACCCCUUCCCGGUGCGCGAGUACAGCACACAGCACACACACACGCAAUGGGUCGCGAGCUGCAAAAGAAGAAGCGGCGGGCCAUGCGGCAGCCCGCCCGCCCCAAGAAGCCCUCCAAGAAGGUGCUCAACCCGCGGGGCAACAAUGUCAUUGCGCAGAACUGGGAUAAGAAGGAGACGCUCGCGCAAAACUAUCGCCGCCUCGGCCUCGUCGCGCGGCUCAAGGCCCCGACCGGCGGCAUCGAGAAGAAGCUCAGCAGUGUCAGCACGGCGACGACUACGCGCGCGACGCCCAACGACCCCUUCGCCAUCACCACCAUCGACAAGGCAGUCGUCUCCGAGGCCCGAGUCGAGCGCGACGCCGACGGCAAGAUCGUGCGCAUACUCGGCCGCGGCGGCGACAAUAACCCGCUCAACGACCCGCUCGCCAUGCUUGAUUCCGACGACGACGACCUCGAGGAGAUGGAACCCACCGGCGAGAGCGCGCCCGCCGCGGCGGUGAACCAGCACGGCGGCGACGAGGAAGAAUGGGGCGGCAUCGCGGAGCAGGAGGCGCACGAGGGCCAGGCGACGGACGUGGUGCGCUCGCUCAUCGCCGAGUCGCACAACGAGGCGCCCAAGAAGGCGCGGCACACGAGCGAGCGAGAGAGGGAGUGGCUCGAGCGGCUCGUCGCCCGGCACGGCGACGACACGCGCGCCAUGGCCCGGGACGCCAAGCUCAACCCCAUGCAGCAGACGGCCGCGGACAUUGCCAAGCGCAUCAAGAAGAUGCAGCGCGAGGCAUAAAAAUCCCUGGCUGGCGGGGGCUUCUUUCGCCUAAUCGCAGGGAGGAAGAACGGGAGGGGGCAGGCAGGGAGCGGCGCGUAGAAAAAAUGGCAUUUCAUGGGACACGGCGUUGGGGGAGUUUUAGUUCAUGGUAUUUCACACAUUGCGGGCUCCGCGGCACGAGUCCAGGCCAUCUAGACGAAUAUGCAACAAAUUCAAAUCCCGCCUAUGCAGACUCGGGGCUGAUGAGUCGUCU